AUGCAAUUGACAGUUACAAAUGAUGUUAAUGGGGAGGUAUACGGCCCCUUGGAGCUUAGUGGAGAUAUGAUGUUGAUGGAUUUGGUUGCACUAUUGGAAGUUGAUUGUGCAUUUGAGAGUGGCAAGCAGCAGCUCUACUUUAAUGGUAAAGAAUUAAAACCAGACGUUGAAAAGACCCUUGAGGAACUUGGUAUUGGUAAUGAUGAUCUGAUUGUUAUACGUGGGCAACCUGUGUCUAGUAAUUCUAUCGCAAAUAGUACAUCAGCCAUCGAACUAGAUGAUGACGCAUACGUUGAACAAUUUCGAUUGCAACUAUUGAGUAAUUCUGCUUUAAGAAACUCCUUGAGAAUGCCAUUUGCUGAUAUUGACAGUCUAGUGAAUGAUCCCCAGCAAUUCAAGACACAUAUGGGCCCAGUCAUUAUACAAAGAAGAAGAAUGCAAUCGGCUAUGCCCACUAAUCCAUACGGAAUUCCUGAUGAGGAGUACAAGAAAUUGAUGACUAACCCUGAGGAUCCAGAACAUAAGAAACGCCUGCAGGAACUACAAGAUAAACAGUUAAUUGAUGAGCAGUUACGAAAUGCACUUGAAUACACUCCUGAAGUAUUUGCGCAGGUUAGUAUGUUAUAUAUUAACAUGGAAAUCAACGGUCACCCCGUGAAGGCAUUCGUAGAUUCAGGUGCGCAAAUGACUAUUAUUUCUCCCAGAUUAGCAGAGAAAACUGAACUUAAGCGUUUUAUUGACAACAGAUUUAUUGGUGAAGCUAGAGGUGUUGGUACGGGUAAAAUACUCGGUAGAGUCCAUCAAGUACAAGUCAAGAUUGAGACUCAAUUCAUUCCAUGUAGUUUUGUUGUGUUGGAUUCCAAUGUUGAUUUACUUUUGGGUCUCGAUAUGCUAAAGAGGCAUCAAGCAUGCAUUGAUCUUGAGAAGAACGUUCUAAGGAUAGCUGGUACGGAAACUAAAUUCUUGGGUGAGGCAGAAAUACCUAAAGGUACCUCAUUUGAUGCUGUUGGUAACCCUCAGCCACCUGUGGAGAUAAAGGAGUCUGCUGAUCAUAGUAAAAAGAAAAUGAAAACUUCCUUUACUAUCACCCCAAAAGUAAAGCCUGUUAAGGCAGACAAUUUACUCAAUAAUAGUUCACCUAUGGGAAAUACAGGGAGAACAUUCCCAGAAAAGACUAUCAAACAGCUUAUGGAUUUGGGAUUCUCAAGACAAGAAGUGAUACAAGCGUUGGUUUCCACAAAUGGGAAUGCUGAAUUUGCCGCUUCAUUACUAUUUCAGUAG